AUGGCUGGCAGGUACUUCAGUAUCCUUUCUCUCCUGCUUCUCCUAGUGGCUCUCCCUUAUACAGAAGCAAGUGAAGAUGUUCCAAAAACAACAAAGAAGAAAAUAGAGGUGGUGGUAGAAGCUACGGUCUAUUGUCAGAGCUGUGAGCACUUUGGAACCUGGUCUUUGAUUGGAGCCAAGCCCAUUCCUUCAGCCAAAGUAAGUGUCACCUGCAAAAGCUAUACAGGUCAUGUUAGUUACUUUAAGGUCUUUGAUACAGACAAAAGUGGUUACCUUUAUGCACCACUCGAAGGGUUCAAGAUGCAGCAUUAUAUACUUGAUCAUCCCCUCCAUUCAUGCUAUGUGAAGCCUGUUUGGUCUCCUCUUGAAAGUUGCAACCUUCUCUCGAAUGUUAAUUAUGGUCUGAAUGGGGCUCCACUUCGUUAUGACAACAAAAUAUUGCAUGGAAGCAACUACGAGGCUGUUAUAUAUGCUGCUGGCCCCUUGGCUUUCCGUCCUUCUGAUUGCUCACAGACUCACUACUAG